GUAAGUGUGCCCAACCUGAUCAAGUUGGGAACAAUUGCUCUGUCAGUUGGGUUUUCUUCAUUUGGUGAUCAAAUACCUGUUCUGUACAUCUAUUUUCCUAUUUGACCUACCAACGGGAGGCUAAUCUUGUUCAUUUUGGAACAGGAUUACAAUUUCCUGAGGAAAAAAGUGCAUCAUUUCAAAGAUGCCUUAUUGCAGACGAGAUGGGGCUGGGCAAGACGUUACAGGCCCUGUCGGUGGCUUACCUCUAUCAGUCAGAGUGGCCCUUGCUGAUCAUCGUGCCUUCCUCCCUCAGGUUCUGCUGGGUGGAAGAAAUAGAGAAGUGGUUCCCAGACACAAGCCCGGAGGACAUCUUUAUGGUACAGACAGGGAACGAUGCCAGUGGGAUUCAGGAUGCCAAGAUUGUCAUUGCUACAUAUGGUCUUCUGUCAAAAGCCACCAGUCGAGUUGUUCUUCAGGCUCUGACCAAUCAGAAAUUUCAGGUGGUGAUUGUAGAUGAGUCUCACUACAUAAGAAACAUAAAGACGGCCUCCUGUAAGGCUAUUGGACCUCUGAUCAGGGCUGCAAACCGACGCAUUCUUCUGUCUGGGACCCCUUCACUGUCCAAACCUGUGGAGCUUUUCUCCCAAAUUGAUGCCAUUUGUCCCAACAAGUUUGGUAGCUGGUGGACCUACACUGCACACUUUUGUGAUGCCAAGAUCCAGCAUUUUGGCAAAAUCCGCAAGAGAAAUGUUGAUGGAGCCUGUAACUUGGAGGAACUUCAGAAAAAACUGAGGGAUGUUCUCAUGAUACGUAGAAUGAAAGAUGAUGUCCUCACUCAGCUGCCUGCAAAGCAAAGACAACAAAUAUUAUUUCAGCUAAAAGAUUCUCAAGUCAGCAAGGACAUUCAGAAGACCUUCCAGGAACUGAAGUCCUCCAUGAAGAGAGACAGAUGUCAGGUGGACACUGUUCUUCAGACGGUGGCCAAUGAAGGCUGUUCAUCCAAUACACUGAGUCUCAUACAGAAGCUCUAUCAACUGAGUGGGGAGGCAAAGAUAGGUCCUGCUAGAGAAUAUGUAGCCAUGUUGUGUGACAACAAGAACCUGAAGUUUCUGGUCUUUGCUUACCACCGGGCCAUGAUGAACGGCCUACAACAGACGCUGAUGGAACACGACGUAAAGUUUGUACGGAUUGACGGGGAUACCAAACCGUCCGACAGACAGCUGUAUGUGCAGCAGUUCCAGUCAGAUCCAGACACUAGAGUCGCAAUAUUGAGCAUCUUAGCAGCAGGAGUGGGCCUGACUUUCACCAAGGCCACACUGGUGGUAUUUGCAGAGAUGUACUGGACCCCAGGGGUACUGAUUCAGUGUGAGGACCGCGCCCACAGGAUCGGACAGACCAGGUGUGUUUCCAUCCACUACCUGGUGGCCAAAGACACUAUGGAUGAAUGGGUCUGGUCAGCCAUUUGCAGAAAGACGAUUGUGACCACCACUGCCCUGAAUGGUCAGAAGCAGCUGAUGAAGGCAGACAAGGGAGAUAAGUACCAGGUGGAGCUCCUGUCCACAGCUGACGUCUACAAGGCACCAUCAGCUGAGGAGGCUAUCAACACAGACUUUGCUGCCAUUUUCUCUUCCCAACAGCCAAAGUAUCAACCAUCAAUUCUGGAUUUUAUAAAUAGUGGAAAGAAAAGGAAAAGGGAGGACAACUGUUCAAUGAAGAAAAGAAAGAAACAUCUCAACAGCUCACAGAAUAAUGAAGAUAUUGUAGAAGUCAUUGAUAGUGAUGAAGAGGAGACUACGAUCAGCGAAACUGGAAAUAAUUCACUCUCUGCAGAGAAAGAAAGGAAACCUCCCAAUUCAGUGGUGGAUCUUAUGAAGAAGGCAUGUAAACCUAAAGUUAAAAGCAAAAGAUUAUUCUUCUCAAAAGAGAAUGGUAUACAAGAUGAAGAUGACUUUGUCCAAAAUAAGAAAAAAUUCACCAAAACAUCAUCAAAAGCAAAGAAAAAGGAUGAAUUAAGUGAAUCCUGGGGAUGCACAGGGUGCACUUUCUUAAAUCAUGCUGAUCUCCCUUUCUGUGAAAUUUGUAACACUCCAAAGCAAAAGAAAUCCAAGUCAUUGAAUUCUAGUUGUGAUGAAGAAAAGGAAAAUAUAUCUGAUUUCCCAGAUACUUUGGGCAAUGAAAAGGAUGAUUCUAAUUAUGACAAUAAAGAGAAAAAUUUACCUGAUCUCCUAGACCCACUUGGCAAUGAAAAGAAGGCCUGUUCAGAGGAAGACAACAGUGUUUCACAAUGUAAUAAUGAUUACUUUAUUAAUGAAGGUUUAUCAGAAUCUCAAAGCUCACAUGUAACUGAGUCCCAGGAUAGUUUAAAUUCAACUUGGAAUGACGUCUUACCUGGUGCAAAUAGCAAUAGAAAUUCAAUAUGGAAUUCUAAAGACAAAGACAACCUAGCUAAUCAAAAGAGUUUUGAGAAAGAGUCACCUGUGAAGUCGAAUAGGAGAAGAACGUUUUUCCUGGAGACCUACACUCCAUCUUCCAAGUCAAGUAUAGAUGAAGAUAACCAUUUGUCACAAGACUCUGUAAGAAGUGACCUUGAUUCAGCUGUUUCACAGACAACAGGUACCCCAGGUAGAUAUGGAGAUGAGGAGAGUGAAAUGAAGAUGACGGACAGUGAGGGUGAAGUUGCCAGUAGUGGAGAGCUCACGGAGGAAGAUGUGUCCUUCUCUCAGCUGUCACCCCAACCUAACGAUACUCUAGUGGAUGGAACAGAGGGGGUCUUGGAUGACACUGAAGCAACUGAGGACUUAGACGAAAUGUUUGAUGAUGAUUUUGAUCAAGAACCUCAUCCUCCAAAGGAAGAAUCUGCAGCGAGUAAAGAGAAGAUCAUCGUCAGAGAUAUUUCCAAUGUUCCUGUUUUCAAGAGCUUUCACUUCAAAUGCAGUGCUUACACAAGUAGAAUAUAUCUAUAUGAUGAGAAUGGUGCCCCUCUGCGAGCCAACUUUGUGCCAUUAGAUGUGGAACUGAACAACCAAGGGAAUCUCCCAGACCUAUUGCUACAUCCACACAAUCUACGGCUUGUUCAGAAAUUCCUGAGGGAAUGGAAUAGUCUAACAGAAACAAAGAGACGACUGAUAGUGAAGUCCUCGCAGCUCUUUGAUAGUCCACUGGUGGCGUAUGAGGCCCUAAAAAGUGGCAAAAAUAUCACAACUGUCCGCCACAAAACUAAGGAGGAUAUUGCUGCUGAGUCCCUGGCCAAAGCCAACCUAGUACAAGGUGGGGUCAGGGUAGUGAAGCGGUCUCAUCACUCGGGGAGCAGCUUAAUGCAGGCAACUACAUCAGAUGGAAUUCCGAUCUGUCUGAACUGCAGCAAGCCUUGUGACAAUGAGUUGUUGGAUAAAGAGACCCUGAAAAACUCUGACUCAGCAUGGGCCACCAGGUUCUGUUCUCAGAGAUGCAUGGACAAAUACUGGAUUCAGACCAACUCCAGUUUCUGCCGUGACCAGGUGUAUGAAGCGGAGCAUGGCGUGUGUCAGCUGUGUCACCUGGAUGCUCACUCUCUGUACAAACAAAUCAGGGACACAGAGGAUGUACAGAAGAGAGUAGAUAUUCUACAUGGCAGUAAGUUUGAUAAGCUUAAUCCAAAGCAGAAGGAGGCCAUAGUCAGAAAUCCUGUGGCUGGACAGUUUUGGCAUGUGGACCACAUCCGCCCCGUGUGGGAGGGAGGGGGACAGUGUGACAUUGACAACUUCAGGACUCUGUGUGUUCUGUGUCAUCAGAAGGUCACAGCAGAACAGGCCAGGAAACGCGCCACCGUCAGAAAACUGGGAGCAGCCACUGGCAUGGCUGACAUUAGUGCUUUCUUCCAACCAGUUUGACCAGGGGCUGUUGAGAACAAAGUGUAGUGAUGAAUAUAUUACAUUUUUUCAUUCAUUAAUACAUGCAUGUGAUGGAAUUAUGGAAUGGGGGAAAUUUUCUCUUUGUACAAGGAAUUCUUCUUUUGUAUAGUAUUUUAUUGAUUAAAUUUACACUACAGCU